AUGAAGGUCAACGGUGGGAGCUCUGCACAACUAAUGACGGACAGCAUCAAGAGCCGCUCAAUGUCUCCAUGGGAAUACAGCUACAAUGUGGACAACCACAGAGUCCCGGUGGUCAUCAACGAGGCCAGAUGUCUCCACCAUGGCUGUUUGGACCCUGAGGGUCAUGUGGACCUCAGCAUGAACUCAGUCCCCAUCAGACAGGAGAUCCUGGUCCUACGUCGUGAGAUGAGAGGAUGUGUCCACGUCUAUAAGCUGGACAAGCAGCUAGUCACCGUGGGCUGCACCUGUGUCCGGCCCAUCACCCAGUACCUCAGAUAA